AUGACUCAACUCCCACAUCUUCCGCAUUGCCAACCUCACGCUACAAACCAUCGCGCAAAAGAUUCAAGCCACUUCAAAUGGCAAGCCCUCGAUAUCUUCUGCGCGUCCACGUACAUUUCCAUCUCCGCCGUUCCUCGUCUUGCCGCUAACACGCAGUUCGUACAGAGCCCUUCAAAGCCCACCGGUGAGAUCAAGUUCAGCAGUGUGCCUUUGGCACAACGUAUCACAUCCGUGUCUUCGGACACAAGUUCCCGAAAAGCAGUACGUACCACUCUAUCAUCGACCGAACACAUCAAGAUCUUGGAGGGCAUGGGUUUCUGA